AAAAUUCUGUACUAUAAUAGUUUAUUGUUUAUAGGCCCUUAAUACAACUACGGCCAUAGAUACUAUUAUAUUAUGUUUGAGGAUAAAACAAUAAUAUUAUCUAUCCUGUGAUAAAACUGAUUAUAGUGAUAAUAAUAUUAUUAAAGAAUCAGGAUCUUGGAAUUGGGAUUUGGGAAAUUGAAUAUUGAAUUGUUGAAACUUGAAGUAUACGUAUUAUGAAAGUGUAAGAAGACUUGAAUUGUUUCUGUCGUUCCUGGUUCUGAAUUUUUUUUUCACUUUUUUGACCAAGAACGUUAGUAUAUUAUUGUAUUUUCAUUGAAUACAAUAUAACAUUAUAACCGUUUGAAUUAAGAAGAAUGUAUUAAAGAGGUUUUAUACAAAAUAUAGAACUAUUAUACUUAAAUACUAUUACGAAGAUUAUUAUUAUGUCACGAAUAAGUACAAGUUUCAAAGAUGUAACUAAAAAGACUUCAUACUUUAUUACAACACCAAUAUUCUACGUUAAUGCAAGUCCACACAUUGGGCAUCUAUACAGUGCUUUAAUUGCUGAUGCUUCUGCAAGAUUUCAAAAAUUACUUAACCCAAGUUUAAAUAUUAUUUUUAGUACUGGUACUGAUGAACAUGGAUUAAAGGUACAAAAAGCUGCUGAUAAUUGUAAAAUAUCUGUGGAAAACUAUUGUACAAAAAUUUCAAGUAGUUAUCAAACUACAUUUGAUAAAUUUGAUAUUAGCUAUACAUCCUUCAUACGAACAACAGCGGAAAACCACAAAAACUGUGUACGUUAUUUUUGGAAUAAAUUACAACCGCAUAUAAGAAAAGGAAAGUAUUCUGGUUGGUAUUGUACAGCUGAUGAAACUUUUUUGUCACAAGAUCAAAUCGAAUUAGUUAAUAAUGUACGUGUUAGUAAAGAAUCAGGAAGACAAGUUGAGUGGGCUGAAGAAGACAAUUAUAAAUUUGACCUACGUCCUUUCAAACACGAUCUUCAAUGUUGGUUGAGUAAACCAGACAGAAUUAAACCGAAGGUGUUCCAUGAAAUACUGAAUAGAGAGGUAAAUGAUUUAUAUGAUAUAUCAUUGUCAAGGCCAAAAAAUCGGGUCAGUUGGGGUAUUCCAGUACCAAGAGAUGACACACAGACUGUAUAUGUAUGGCUAGAUGCUCUUGUUAAUUAUUUAACUGUUUCUGGAUAUCCAGACAGCAAAAUUUGGCCUCCAAAUGUCCAAGUAUGCGGUAAAGAUAUUUUGAAAUUCCAUGGAAUAUUAUGGCCUAUAUUCUUAAUAGCUGCAGGUUUAAAACUCCCAAAACAAAUUUUUGUACAUUCUCAUUGGAAAGUUAACGAUGAAAAAAUGUCUAAAACCAAAGGAAAUGUAGUAGAUCCAAUAAAUGCUGGUUGCCAGUAUACUGAAUCUGGUUUAAGAUAUUUUUUGCUUAGAGAAGGUACAGCUCAUAGUGAUGGUAACUAUAGUGAUCUGAAAAUUAAAAGAAUAUUAAAUGCUGAAUUAGCAGACACAUUGGGUAACCUAUUGAACCGUUGCUGUGGAAAAGCCAUCAACCCAAAUCUCAAUUACCCAAAAUUAGAUUUAUUACAGAUUGAAAGGUUAUUAGCUGAUUCAUAUUUCAUUGAAUUAAAUAAAAGAUUAGAUGUUCUUGCAGAUAUAGUUGGAAGUCAUUAUGAAGAAUUAAAUUUUUACAAAGGUAUCGAUGAAAUAAUAGCCACAUUACAGUGUUGCAAUCGAUUUUUUGAGUACAAUAAACCAUGGGAAUUAGCUAAACAAGAUGUUAAUAAAUUGGAAUGUAUACUACAUAUAACUAUGGAGACUUUGAGAAUUUCUGGGUUAGCUUUACAGCCAAUAGUACCUGUACUAGCUGAUCAAUUAUUAAAUAAGUUAAACAUAAAUAAUAGAGAUUGGAAUCAAAUGACGCCGAAGUGGAAAGAUGAAAACAGAAUCGUUAAUCCAACCAACUUAAAAAAAGAUAAUAUUGUGUUGUUUAAAAAAUUAUUGAUAAACUAAUUUAGUUUUCAUUAUUCUAUUAGUUUAAUGAUUUAUUUACGUAGAUACAAGUUUCUAAAUAGUCUAUUGAAAUAAAAUAUGAAAUUAUAUGUUUAUGAAUAAUGUAUUUUAAUUUAAAUUAUUAUAAUUAAUGGAUUCACAUACAAA